CGGGGCCACCCCCAAGCCGAGCCGGGGCGGGACGGCGCGCCUGGCGACCGCGCACGGAGACAGCCGUGCCGGACCCCCGAGCCGGAGCCAAGCGCGCCGAGGCCGGGGCCAUGGAGAAAGCGCGGCCGCUGUGGGCCAACCCGCUGCAGUUCGUGUUCGCCUGCAUCUCGUACGCUGUGGGCCUGGGCAACGUGUGGCGCUUCCCCUACCUGUGCCAGAUGUACGGCGGAGGUAGUUUCCUGGUCCCCUACAUCAUCAUGCUUAUCGUGGAGGGAAUGCCACUCUUGUACCUGGAACUAGCUGUGGGGCAGCGCAUGCGGCAGGGCAGCAUCGGUGCCUGGAGGACCAUCAGCCCGUACCUCAGCGGUGUCGGGGUCGCCAGCGUGGUGGUCUCCUUCUUCCUCUCCAUGUACUACAACGUUAUCAACGCCUGGGCCUUCUGGUACCUCUUCCACUCCUUCCAGGAUCCCCUGCCGUGGUCUGUCUGCCCACUGAAUGGUAACCACACAGGCUACGACGAGGAGUGCGAGAAGGCGUCCUCCACACAGUACUUCUGGUACAGGAAAACCCUCAAUAUCUCGCCGUCCCUCCAGGAGAACGGGGGUGUGCAGUGGGAGCCGGCGCUGUGCCUCCUCCUGGCCUGGCUGGUGGUGUACCUGUGCAUCCUGCGUGGCACCGAGUCCACUGGCAAGGUGGUGUAUUUCACGGCGUCACUGCCCUACUGCGUGCUCAUCAUCUACCUCAUCAGGGGCCUCACGCUCCAUGGAGCCACCAACGGCCUCAUGUACAUGUUCACUCCCAAGAUGGAACAGCUGGCCAACCCCAAGGCCUGGAUCAACGCAGCCACCCAGAUCUUCUUCUCACUCGGCCUGGGCUUUGGCAGCCUGAUCGCCUUCGCCAGCUACAAUGAGCCGUCCAGCAACUGCCAGAAGCACGCCAUCAUCGUGUCCCUCAUCAACAGCUUCACCUCCAUAUUUGCCAGCAUCGUCACCUUCUCCAUCUAUGGCUUCAAGGCCACCUUCAAUUAUGAAAACUGCUUGAAGAAGGUGAGUCUGCUGCUGACCAACACUUUUGACCUUGAAGAUGGCUUUUUAACGGCCAGCAACCUGGAGCAGGUGAAGGGCUACCUCGCAUCUGCCUACCCAACCAAAUACAGCGAGGUGUUCCCACAGAUCAAAAACUGCAGCUUGGAGUCGGAGCUAGACACGGCCGUCCAGGGCACUGGCCUGGCAUUCAUCGUCUACACGGAGGCCAUUAAAAACAUGGAGGUGUCCCAGCUGUGGUCGGUGCUCUACUUCUUCAUGCUGCUGAUGCUGGGCAUUGGGAGCAUGCUGGGAAACACAGCGGCCAUCCUCACCCCUCUGACAGACAGCAAGAUCAUCUCCAGCCACCUGCCCAAGGAGGCCAUCUCAGGUCUGGUGUGCCUUGUCAACUGUGCCAUCGGCAUGGUGUUCACCAUGGAGGCUGGGAACUACUGGUUUGAUAUAUUCAACGACUACGCGGCCACACUGUCCCUGCUGCUCAUCGUGCUGGUGGAGACGAUUGCCGUGUGCUACGUGUACGGGUUGAGGAGAUUUGAAAGUGACCUUAAGGCCAUGACCGGCCGAGCUGUGAGCUGGUACUGGAAGGUGAUGUGGGCUGGCGUAAGCCCACUACUGAUUGUCAGCCUCUUUGUCUUCUACCUGAGUGACUACAUCCUCACGGGGACCCUGAAGUACCAAGCCUGGGAUGCCUCCCAGGGCCAGCUUGUGACCAAAGAUUACCCGGCCUAUGCACUGGCUGUCAUCGGGCUGCUUGUGGCCUCCUCCACCAUGUGCAUCCCCCUGGUGGCCCUGGGGACUUUUGUUCUGCAUCACCUCAAGAGGGGAGACGCGGCCUCCGUGGCCUGAGAUGUGGGCUUCCCAGCCGCUCACAGUUUUACAGAUACUAUUUACAGGCGGAAACUCCUCUGCUGCUUUUUCAAAUGCUUAAGCCAAAAGUGCUCAGCCCGUCAACUUCCUGAGUGUCUAAACAAGAUGAGGAAGGUGUGCAGGAAGAAGACUCCCUUAGGAGAAUACACACCCUCCGGAGACCGCCCUUCCUCCCCGUCACCUGCCUCCUCAUCAUCGAAGGGGGCGGGCUAUGAAAGCCAGUCUCAAAGAUAACGGUGGUCCUUCAUUCCAGGAAAGUCCUAGAAUUAGGGCACAUUGCGAACUGAAAUAUCACUAUAAUUCUUAUGGGACCAAAUUUAAGCAAUUUUUGUUUUUGGCUGAAGAGACACCAAAAUAUUAGAGGAUAAAUAUUUUUAGAUCCAUUUAAGGAGUUUCGAAGUGCCUAAGAUGACAUAUUUGUCACUGGUGCAAAAUUAAUUAUCUUCUUUUUUGAGUUGUAGUGAAUAUGCAAUUUCUGUGUUCCCCUUCCACCCUUUAAAUCUUAGGAUGACAGGUUAUAAAGAAAGAAGAUCUCUGUUUGGGAUCCCAAAGGGAACCUUUCUCUAAGUUCUCUGGCAGUGGGUCCAGGACCAGACCUUUCUACAAAAAAUUGCCCCAACGACAGUUUGCAACCCCAAACCACAUUCGAAGUCUGCGCAGACAUCCCUCCGUGGUGUCUUGGUGCAUUGGAAAAGGAGUCAGGAGCCACUGUGAGGAUGAAAGUGGAUCUCAGCUGGGCAUGGUGGCUCACGCCUGUAAUCCCAGCACCUUGGGAGUCAAGGCAGGUGGAUCACUUGAGGUCAGGAGUUCGAGGCCAGCCUGGCCAACAUGGCAAAACCCCGUUUCUACUAAAAAUACAAAAAAAAAUUAGCUGGGAGUGGUGGUACAGGCCUGUAAUCCCAGCUACUCCAGCUGCUGAGGCAAGAGAAUCAUUUGAACCUAGGAGGUGGCAGUUGCAGUGAGCUGAGAUCAUGCCACUGCACUCUAGUCUGGGUGACAGAGCAAGACUCUGACUCAAAAAAA